CGCCACGACCUCAUCACCCACCACCGCGCCUCAGCUCACGCAUCUCUCCCUCAGCUCCGGCAAGCAACACCAGCUCUCCUCUCCCCUCGCUCACCUGCUACAAUGUCGACCGACGUGGCCGCCGAUGUCCCGGCCCCUGAGGUGGAGGUGGCCGCCGACCACGUCGUGGAGACCACGGCCGAGGCCGCCGCCGGCGACGCGAAGCCGGUCAAGGAGACCAAGGCCAAGGCGGCGAAGGCCAAGAAGCCCUCCGCCCCGAGGAAGCCCCGCGCCACCCCCGCCCACCCGACCUACGCCGAGAUGGUGUCGGAGGCCAUUACCGCCCUGAAGGAGCGGACGGGGUCGAGCCAGUACGCCAUCGCCAAGUUCGUCGAGGACAAGCACAAGGCGCACCUCCCCGGCAACUUCCGCAAGAUUCUGUCGGUGCAGCUCAAGAAGCUGGUCGCCUCCGGCAAGCUGACCAAGGUCAAGGCCUCCUACAAGCUGUCUGCCGCAGCGGCCAAGCCCAAGCCGGCGGCCAAGAAGAAGCCCGCGGCGAAGAAGAAGGCGCCAGCCAAGAAGACCGCCACCAAGACCAAGGCCAAGGCCCCCGCCAAGAAGGCCGCCGCCAAGCCCAAGGCCAAGGCCCCCGCGAAGACCAAGUCCGCCGCGAAGCCCAAGGCUGCCGCCAAGCCCAAGGGCCGCCCCGCCAAGGCUGCCAAGACCUCUGCCGCCGCCGCGGCGCCCAAGAAGCCUGCCGCCAGGAAGGCGCCCACCAAGAGAUCCACGCCGGUGAAGAAGGCCGCGGCCGCCAAGAAGGCAGCGCCGGCGAAGAAGGCCCCUGCCGCCAAGAAGGCCAAGAAGUAGAUCCUUGGAGGAACUUCCUAGGGCUUGGCGAUAGUUUUCCGUUAGCAGUUUUUCCUGUUCUGUGCUGUUAGUCGAGAUGUCCGUGCUGUGUCGAGGGUUCUAGGCUGUAAAUUUGAAAUCUGGGUUCGGGUGCACCUGUGAUCCGGUGCACCCUUGGUGUGUGUGCGUGAGAAACUGUGGCGACGAUCGCGUUGUACUAAGCUUAUGUAUUUGUGUAACUGAAUUGGGGUAAUUGAAUCUUCAUUUUAGCAAAA